AUGUCGGGUCCUAAAAUUACCUGUUACUUCGACAUUGUCAGUCCCUUCGCAUACAUUGCUUUCCAUGUGCUGCAGAAUUCACCAGCCUUUGCGAAAUGUGAAAUCACCUAUGUCCCGAUUCUGCUCGGAGGUUUGAUGAAUGCAUGUGGUAACAGCCCUCCGAUCCCACAUCAAGAGUGA